AUGGCUUUCUUUAACGUACUUUGGAUCCUGCUUCUUUGUAUCGUUACGGUUUUACCUUUCCCUCAAGAGGGGAGAUCAAAAAGAAUCCUUCCUGUUUUUGCGAAAAAAUCCGGCGGUCUGAUUUUGCCAAGCAACGCGACGGCCAUUCGGGAUAAUAUCGUCGACACGUUUUCCUGCCAGGGGAGGAUUUAUGGAUAUUAUGCGGACGUUGAAAAUGAGUGUCAAGUCUUCCACGUGUGUCUUCCCCAAGUGAGAACGGCCAUAAGAUGGAGUUUCAUCUGUCCGGCCGAAACGGUUUUUAAUCAGGAGACAUUCGUUUGUACGCGAACGGAUUACUCGAUACCCUGCGACGAGUCCGAGAAGUUUUACCAACUGAACGAGGAGAUUGGCAAAUUAGAGGAAACGGAAGGAAACAUCGACUUACCGGAAGAGGAGAAUAUCGUUCCUGGUUCUUACAGACCCGGGAAGAAAUUCCUGCGAGUAUCUGCGAAACAAAAGUCUAAGGCAGGAAGAAAGGCCAGUCUUGACACUGAAAACUCGAAACCUUCUCAGCUUAGAUUCAAAUAUUCUCGUUACAAUAUCUAUAAUGCGCUGUGA